AGUUAGAACUGUUUUAGUCCUCCCAUCAUCACUAUGCGGCUGCUGACACACAAUCUGAUGAUGUGCAAUAGAAAGCAGUGCUCUGGGGGGUACCCGCUACGCAUAUGUCCUAAGCAACAACCACAAGGAGAUGUUGGGAUGAAGGACUCUGAGGAUGAGACCUCACCGGAGCCUGAGCAGGAGCGACCAACGUUUAAAGUGGAGGAGUCGGAUUUCAAUCCGGACUUUAUCCGGCACAUGCUGGACAAGCUGGAAUGGGAUGCCCUUCUGUCCACUCUAACCCAAUGCCAGGGAUUAACACAGUCGUUGCCGCCUAGUUACACGGAGAGUGACAAGGACGAUGAGAAUUUCCUCAAGGCGGUUCACGACGUUAUAAUAGACUACCACAUCCUGGAGGCAGACCUCAAGUGUCCUAAGUGUGAUAGAGUCUAUCCCAUCACAAAGGGCAUUCCCAACAUGCUCCUACAGGAUGAUGAGGUAUAAAACUGGGAUCUGUAUCCGCACUGUCACCAGGGCUACUGUAGCAAUAACGUUUACCACCC